UUAUAUUAUUGCACCUGAAGAACAGGAUUACUUAUCUAACGAGCAGCUCGCAGCACUGAGACACCGAUGCUUGUUGCUGUAUAACUUGUAAAAUAAUAAGAUCGCCAGACAGGCUUCGUGCUGAAUCAUGAGAUCGUAGCGUACCUUUGCUUGAAAGGGGCCUACAGAGGUCACCCAGCCCAGCUAGAAGCAGAACUGAGCUCAGGGGUGUGCCAAGUUGCUUGGGGGCUCCUCCGGUUGGAACUUGAAUAUCUUGUAGGAGCUCCUUUGCCUGUGUGCUCAGCUUCCUGAGAGCAGGCUGAUUAAGAGCAACCUGUUGGCGCAGCUGAAAGCCUUGGAAGGAAUUUGGCCUUCAGGAUGAAGCCUGUCAUCGUGGUGCAUGGUGGAGCUGGCCGGAUCUUCAAAGAACGAGAACAGGGCUGUCGUACUGGUGUUAUCAGAGCUGCACUGCAAGGCUACAGCAUCCUGAAACAAGGAGGCAGUGCCUUAGAUGCAGUUGAGGAGGCAGUGCGAUCAAUGGAAGAUAAUCCUCAUUUUAAUGCAGGCUGUGGUUCUGUUCUAAAUGAAAAAGGUGAAGUAGAAAUGGAUGCCAUUAUCAUGGAUGGAAAAAAUCUAGCCUCUGGAGCAGUAUCUGCAGUUAAAUGUAUAGCAAACCCAAUAAAACUAGCUCGGCUUGUCAUGGAAAAGACAAAGCACAUGCUGCUGACUGACCACGGUGCACACCUGUUUGCUCAAGCCAUGGGUGUUCCUGAGACUCCAGGGGAGAAACUCAUAACUCAGAGAUCUUUGGAGAGAUGGAAGAAGAACCUUGAGCCGGACUCCAACCCUGAAGAGUUUCAGAAAGACCUUGGAACAGUCGGUGCUGUUGCUAUAGACAGUGAAGGAAACGUGGCUUGUGCAACAUCCACUGGAGGACUCUCCAAUAAAUUGGUUGGCCGCGUUGGUGACACAGCAUGCAUAGGAAGCGGAGGUUAUGCUGAUAACUGUUCUGGUGCCACUUCAACCACAGGACAUGGAGAGAGCAUUAUGAAAGUGGUCUUGGCCAGACUGAUCCUGUAUCACAUGGAACAAGGAAUGUCACCAGAGAUGGCUGCUGACACUGCAUUAGACUACAUGAAGACUCGAGUUGGGGGCCUGGGAGGUGUUAUUGUCGUUAGCAAUUCAGGAGAGUGGGCAGCAAGGUUCUCCACCAAGGAGAUGUCCUGGGCUACUGUAAAGGAUGACGAGCUGCAUUAUGGGAUUUAUGCUGGGGAGAGGCACACAAAAUCUGUUGAUGAAGUGCUUGCGUCUGGAAGCGAGGGAUUCUGAGAAUGAAGAAUCAUUGACUAAGGAAGAAUGAAGAACUCCAGUUUCUGUUGGAGGACAAUGACAAUUCAAUCUUUCUUUCAAGAUCUGCACUCUUUUGAUUGUUUCACAGGAAUUCAUCAAAAUGAAACGUGGACAUAGUUGUCAUGGAUAUACGUGUGUAGUGCUUACUGAUACCUGCACACAGUCAAGAGAUCCUCCUUUUCUAAAUAUGAAAAAGAACGGUCAGUAAGUAGAGGGCUGUGGGCUUCUUGGUCAGCAUGCCUCAGUUCUACCUUAAAGGGAGCCUAAGUUUCAGGAUCAGAGGAACUCCUUUCCACCCCUGUUGUCAGACACUGCUUCAGAGAUGAUUUAAGAAAUAAAUACUUAUUAACUAAAAAUUGAAUUUUGAAAGUGACAUGGCUCUUCAUGUCUCUUGAGCAGCCAUCCCAUAAUAACAAAGUGCUUACUGUCAGGGAAAAAUCAUCAAGCAGCAGUAAAGAGGUAAGACUAACUCACUGUCACAGGCUUGGGGUAACUCUGGGGAGAAAAUAAUGAAGUUAAAGAAAUAGCUUUUCUCUAGAAUUGGGAACUGUGACACUUUCUAAGGAGUCUUAUUUUAUUCCAUUCAUUGGCGUCAGGCCUACAACAAAAAAACAGAAUGCAACAAUGCUAUAAUAUUUUGAUGUAGAUGUGGAGAGUUAACAGGAAGAAUAUAUUACAGCCUUAAUAUCUGGAACAGUAAUAACAAAGGUCAUGAUUCCUAUAAAUACAAAUAAAGCAGCAGUCUUUGCUAAGCAAAUACAAGGUGAUGAGCGCCUUAUUGUCCAAAUAAGAGAAAUGAAGAUUAACUGGAAAAUGAUGAUCUAUAAUCAAGUGAUGAAAGCAAAUUGCACUGUAACAAAUAAAACUGCCUCUUGUAACAAGU